AUGGCGGCGACGCCAACAGCUCCCCAACCCCUCAACAGAGAUAAUGCUACAGAUUUCGGCGACUUUGCACGCAACGAGGAUGAAGAAGGUGAUAUCGAAGAGCUUGCAGAGCCCUGGCACAAGUAUGCUACAAAGGAAACCCCACACGUCUUCUAUCCUAUCUGUCUCGGAGAAGUACUCAAUAAGAGAUAUCUGGUAGAGCACAAAAUCGGCUUCGGUGGCUUCUCAACUGUCUGGAUGGCCUAUGAUCUCCAAGAUAAAAAAGAUGUAGCUCUCAAGGUGAUGUCAUUGGGGGAAUGGGGAGAAACCGAAAUACGCAUGCAGGACGAAAUUAUUCAGAAUGUACAAGAUACCUCCCACCUUGUGACAUAUUUGGCAACCUUUAUCCUCCCUGGAAAUGUUGGUUACCACAGGGUCCUGGUGCUUCCCUUAAUGGGCCCAUCCCUUUGCUAUCUUACUAUGAGAAAUAUGUCUGUGGCAACUCGCAUGUCUGCCGCGAAGCAAUUACUAGUGGCCUUAGGGAAUUUACAUAGAGCAGGGAUUAUACAUCGUGAUUUGAACGAGAGGAACUGUAUGUGGGGGAUGGCUCCUCUCCACAAUCUUAGCCGCAGUGCAAAAUAUAAGGUACUCGGUCGACCAUUAAAAGAGAUUAUACCAAAUAUCAACAACCUUUGGAAGCAGGGAGAGCUUGUCCAGCCUCUUAAUGUUCCUAGUGACCUGCGUAUAGACAAAUUCUAUCUUGGGGAUUUUGGUCUGGCCAUGAAGCUUGGUAGUCCUGUAUCUCAAUGCGGCUAUCCGCCUAUGGAAUUCUGUUCACCCGAUCGACUUCAUAAUAAGGGUUUAACUGUUGCCUGCGAUAUGUGGAGUUAUAUGGUCAUCUUCUCUGUGCUUUACCUUGGCUUUCCGCCUUUCCCUUCCUUCCUUAAGGGGGGGAUAAUUAGUGGCAUUGUUAGAAGCAUGGGGCCAUUGCCUAAAGAGUGGAACGGCCUUUACACGCAUCCUAAGGGCCUCGAUUCUUGGUAUGACCAGAGUCAAACUACCGAUCCAAAACAUGACCUUGCGUCCACAAUUGCAUACUAUCGUCCAGAUAGUAACCCAACUGAGCGAAAACAUGUACUGUCCAUCAUGACUAGGAUAUUCACUUAUUGCCCGGAGAAGCGCCUGACCGCGACGGAACUUCUGCAGGACCCCUCAUUCAAAGCUAUCAUGAACAAAUAUGGCUGCUAA